AUGACUGCUGACGUAAGCUAUAUCGUACGGAAACUAAGUAGGUACAACGAAGAUCGAAUGACGGUAAAGGAUUCCUCCGGAGAAGGAUCAUCAGUGGCUCUCAUGACUCGUGAUCUCCUCGGAAGCGCCGGUUGUGGAGGAGGAGUAGGAGGAGAUGAUCAUUCUCUGGAGCUUGACCUUGACUUGCAAGUUCCCAACGGCUGGGAAAAGCGUCUUGACUUGAAGUCAGGGAAAGUGUAUCUUCAACAAAGCAACUCAACUACCUCGUCUACUCAUAUCGUUCGUUCAGACCAAUCAAACCAAACAGUUCCAAGGUUUCAAGAUUUAAAUUAUCCACCGGUCUCAGGUAAAUCUACGGCGAGACCAUUGUUAAGCCUCUUCGACGCCGACACAAGUCUUGAACUGAAGCUAGUCCCUUCUUCAUCAUCAUCGUCAUCACCUUCUUCUUCUAAUCUUUCUUUACCAUCGUCGAGUUUUAGUUUCCAGAGUGUUUGUACACUCGACAAGGUGAAGUCAGCUCUUGAGAGGGUCGGGAAAGAUUCAUCCGUUAUGAUAAAGAAACGCAAAUCGCCAGAAGACGGCGUUUGCGAUGGAAACGCUACCGCAGCCGCGUCGUCUCCUGUGGCGGUUGGAUGUCCAAGGUGCUUAUCGUAUGUCUUGGUGAUGAAGGACAAUCCGAAAUGCCCUAGGUGUCACUCGUUUGUUCCUUUGACUGCCAUGAAAAAACAUAAAAUUGAUCUCAACAUAUGUAUUUGA